CCCGGGAAGUCUCGCGAUAGCCAGCGGUAUCUGCCCUUGCACUUGCAAAGUCGACUGAGUCCCCCGGUGCGGGGUACGAGCUGCGGGCUAUGGCGCCGAGGAUUAUGAGUCAGUUCUGGGACAUCCCCGAUGGCACCGAUUGCCACCGCAAAGCCGUCAGCACCGCCGCUACUGGCACCGUCGCCGGCGGGACCGCUGCUGCUUACAGCGUCAUACUCCAUCCUGCGAGCAAUUUCCUUGAUGGAGCGCUCAGGGCCGGACGGUACACGUUCACCGGAGCCGCCGUCGGGGCCGUGUUCGGCCUCACCUCCUGCAUCACCGCCCAGGUCCGCCAGAAGCCCGACGACCCUCUGAACUAUUUCCUCGGUGGCUGCGCCGGAGGCCUGACUAUGGGAUCACGCGUGCGCAACUACGAGAUUGGCGCCGCCUGCUGUGUGUACUUCGGCAUCGCAGCCGCCCUGUUCAAGAUGGGCCGGCUAGAGGGCUGGCGACUGUAUCGAAAGCCCUGGGAGUGAGCCCUGCGCCUGCCGGGACCUCCCGCCUGCGGAACGCAUCCAGAAAUAAAUUCCAUGUCUGUGUGUGUCAGUGUC